AUGCGACUCUACAUCGUCAAUGCCACAGAGCUCAUCCCAGUUGCACAGAAGCACUACCGUAUACUGGACUUUGUGCCCGUGGAAUUGAAGGUUGCCAUCAACGUAAUGGGCGCAAGCCCCACAGCUAAAAAGAUCUUGAUCAAGAACAUCAAUGGAGUUGAGGACUUCAGCUACGCCGUAUUGUUCGACAAAGCAAUUCAUACGGCACUCUCUCCAUGUCCAGGGUUGCGCACCAUGAAUACGAAUUCUGCACAAAAUGUCUUACGAGUCGUCAACGAGCUCGCGUCUCAGGGCCCAAAAUAUCUCAAACUGAUGGAGAACUUCGAGCCGGGCAUCAUUAUCUUACUGCUGAACCUGUACCCAAAUCUACUGGCCAGAAAGAGUGUCCAGGCGCGCAAAGACAUCGUCGAGGCAUUCCAUCGUUACUUCGAAUCUGGCAGCCAUAAACAAGGCUCAGCAUUAGUGCAGGCCCAUUACCAGCACAAGGUAGACCAGGGGGCCGCUGGUAAGGACAUUGCUAUCCUCGAGGUGGGAAAGAUCGUCGGAAUGUUGAGCAACACUAUCCCAGCCGCAUUCUGGGUGCUUUACCAUGCCAUCUCCGAUCCCGCCGUGCUGCAGGAGUGCAGACAGGAAGUUCUCGCAUGCUGCACAGUGGAGCACGAUGUGGUCACCCUGGAUGUUUCGCAAAUUCAAGGGUCCAACUCGAUCUUGACUUCCAUUUUCAAGGAGGUUUUGAGGUACCAUGGUAUAGGUACUUCUAUCCGAGUCGUUACACAAGACCACUUGCUCGAUGGAACGUAUCUCCUGAAGAAAGGUGGCAUUGUGAUGAUUCAUGGCGCUGUACAGCACACUUCGAUUCCGGCAUACGGCGAGAACGUACACGACUUCCAGCACAACCGCUUCGUGCGAUCUCCAGGCGUCAAGAGGCCGAGUCCGGUGGCAUUUCGCGGCUUUGGAGGAGGAUCCACGCUAUGUCCUGGCCGUCAUUUUGCUAGCACAGAGGUUUUAGCAUUCGUCGCCUUGAUGAUCACUCGCUUUGACUUUAAGCCUACUGAGGGAUCCUGGAUCACUCCCAAAACGGAUAAUGCAGGCGCGCAUGGGACGGUGGCACCGCCCGAUACCGAUGUUCAAGUGCGUAUUUCUCCUGGCGUCAGUGAGCUGGCAGAGAAGAAGUGGCUUGUGGUGGUUUCAGAGAUCGUGGAGGACGUACAGCUCUCGGUAGAAGACAUGAGUCUUGCAUGA